GUGCGUGACCAUGUCUGGCCGGGGUAAGGGCGGUAAGGGGCUCGGCAAGGGCGGCGCCAAGCGCCACCGCAAGGUGCUGCGCGACAACAUCCAGGGCAUCACCAAGCCGGCCAUCCGCCGCCUGGCUCGGCGCGGCGGCGUCAAGCGCAUCUCGGGGCUGAUCUACGAGGAGACGCGCGGCGUGCUCAAGGUCUUCCUGGAGAACGUGAUCCGCGACGCCGUCACCUACACGGAGCACGCCAAGAGGAAGACGGUCACGGCCAUGGACGUGGUCUACGCCCUCAAGCGCCAGGGUCGCACUCUCUACGGCUUCGGCGGCAGCAGGAGAACCAACUACGGCGCCCACAGUAGUGAGCCUCUGGAGGAGUUUCUCCGCUCUCCCGCCCGCGGGAGCCCCGGGCCGUGUCCAGGGCGGGUCUGGCGCCCGCGCCAUUUCCUAAAGCCCGCGCGGGACGCGAUUGGCUCCGGGACAACGGCUCCCUGCGCGGCGCGAACAGAGAUCCCACCGAUCCCAUUCCAGCACGGCCUGGAUGUUGGGCAGCACGCCGCCCUGCGCGAUCGUCACCUUGCCCAGCAGCUUGUUGAGCUCCUCGUCGUUGCGGAUGGCGAGCUGCAGGUGGCGGGGGAUGAUGCGCGUCUUCUUGUUGUCGCGGGCCGCGUUGCCCGCCAGCUCCAGGAUCUCGGCCGUCAGCUGUUACUCGGCACUUGGUCGCUGGUAGCGGGAGUUAUGGCGCGCACGAAGCAGACGGCGCGGAAGUCGACGGGCGGCAAGGCGCCCCGCAAGCAGCUGGCCACCAAGGCUGCCCGCAAGAGCGCGCCGGCCACGGGCGGCGUCAAGAAGCCGCACCGCUACCGGCCCGGCACGGUGGCGCUGCGCGAGAUCCGGCGCUACCAGAAGUCCACGGAGCUGCUGAUCCGCAAGCUGCCCUUCCAGCGGCUGGUGCGCGAGAUCGCGCAGGACUUCAAGACCGACCUGCGCUUCCAGAGCUCGGCCGUCAUGGCGCUGCAGGAGGCCAGCGAGGCCUACCUGGUGGGGCUCUUCGAGGACACCAACCUCAGCGGGACUCUCGUCAUGUCUGGCCGGGGCAAGGGCGGCAAGGGGCUCGGCAAGGGCGGCGCCAAGCGCCACCGCAAGGUGCUGCGCGACAAUAUCCAGGGCAUCACCAAGCCGGCCAUCCGCCGCCUGGCUCGGCGCGGCGGUGUCAAGCGCAUCUCGGGGCUGAUCUACGAGGAGACGCGCGGCGUGCUCAAGGUCUUCCUGGAGAACGUGAUCCGCGACGCCGUCACCUACACGGAGCACGCCAAGAGGAAGACGGUCACGGCCAUGGACGUGGUCUACGCCCUCAAGCGCCAGGGUCGCACUCUCUACGGCUUCGGCGGCUAAAGCCUCGCUUACUUGCCGGACUGCCGCCACAAAAACCCCAAAGGCUCUUUUAAGAGCCACCCACUUAUUCCUUGAAAAGAGCUGUAUUACGAUGUUACAAGAUCUAAAUACAAAAAUGAUGCUGUUAAAUCUUUCCUAAGCUGUUAACGUAAUGCUACUAAUGUUUAUGAGAGCUCUCAAAUGUGUCAGUUCGCUGUUAACAGGGAAUUUGUUAAAUGCGGUGGUUCUUUUGAGUUCCAAAUCCUCUUAUAAAAAUUGCUUCGAAUGCUCUUUGAAUAAAUUUGGAUGUGUAUUUUCGCAAUGUCCACCGAUUUAAACAAUUAUGUAAAAUGUUAUUCCAUGACUUGUUUUUAAAUUUUGUAUUAAACAAUUUGAAUGAAUGCUUCGACUUCGGAAGAAUCGGAAAGUUGCGCUGAGGUGAAUGUUUUCUUUCUAGUAUUUCUAUUCCCCUCCCCCCCUCCAUUAUUUCUUGUCUAUGAUACAUUUACUUUUAAAAUAAAAGAGUAAAUCCAA